AUGAGUGACAAAGCUAUUAUACCAGUGGUGAGAAUACAGCCUUUAGUCCCCAAAGAGAUAACAGAGGGAUCCCAACAUUUUAUUACCAAAUGGCUGAAUCAACCACAGGUGACAGUCAAAGGUUCUACGGAAGCAUUCACCUAUGAUUCUGUGUUCGGUCCAGAGGAAAGCCAGAUACAAGUUUAUGAAACUGCUGUUAUGAAGUACAACCUUUUGUCAAAGUCUUGGAAUGAAGAAGUAGAUAUCAGAGAAGAUCCUAAAAGUGGAAUCAAAAUUAAUGUUCUAACUAAAACUCCAGUUUCCAAAUGGGAAGAAACAUUAAAGUGCCUACUGAAUGGUUCGUUGAACCGGCUCACGGGAGUAACUGAUAUGAAUCACCAAAGCAGUCGAUCGCACGCUAUUUUUACUCUUACCAUAAAUCAAAUCAACAAUCAAAGACAGUGCGUCAAUCGUAAAACCUCAAAAUUUCAUCUGGUUUAUGUCGCGGGAUAUGAGAGAGCCAGUAAAACGGAUGCAGUUGGGGAGAGAUAUGCAGAAGGAGUCAACAUCAACAAAGAAUUGCUGUCUUUAGGAAAUGUCAUUAGUGCGCUAUACGAAAGCAAUCCUAGGCAUAUUUCUUGUAGAGAUUCUAAACUAGCGUGGCUUUCUCAAGAUUCUCAUGGCGGUAAUUCUCAUACUUUGAUGAUUGCCUGCGUUGGUCCAGCCGACUCGAACUACGAGGAAUCACUAAGCACGCUGCGAUAAGCUAACCACGCCAGAAAAAUAAAAAACAAAAAAAUUUUUAAUCGAGACCCGACAAUGGUAGAAGUUAUGGCACUGCGAGCUGAAAUCCAGCAGCUUUUGGUAGCAUAUAGUAACGAAAGUACAAGCUUUGCUGAAGUUGAACAACUUUGUCAGCAACUUAAAUUUGCAGAAGAAGAGAAAAUAGAGGAGAGUGGGGGCAAUUGAGACACAGGGCAAUUGAAACAAAAAUUGUUUCUCUCGCCGUAUAAGAGGAAUUUUCUUGA